AUGGACGUCCUUCUUCCCCACCGACUGGCCGGUGCCGAUCUCCGAACAAGCGAGUCGUUUGACUGCGAGGAAGCCUUUCGUCACGGCCCUUGCCAGAGAAGGAUGCUCGUUCUCAUGCUUCUGGGACUCUUCUCGGCUGUUUGCCAAACCGUGGUGAUGUCCCUCAUCACCGGUGACGUCGACCAUUGGUGCAAGCCGCUCGCCGGUUUCAACAUCUCUGCAGCCGAUUGGAAGAAUAUUGCGAUACCGAUCGAGGCCGAAGGAUGCUUCAGCCGCUGCCGUGUUUAUGAACGCUGCAAGCCACCCGCUGACCACGGCGAUUCCGCUGAGGAUCGCAAGAGCGACGCUGUACUAACAGGGGCUGACGAGUGGUACAACCGAUGUUUCCAGGACAUCAACGACCCACGCGACGUGCCCUGUGAAGAUUGGGACUACGACGUUAGGACGGCCGAGGCCAGUGUGGUGAGCUCCUGGAACAUGGUGUGCCACCAAGGUUUGUUGCCGGCCGCCCUUCUCGGCCUGCAUAACGCCGGUCCCGUCGUUUACCUGGCCGGAGCCUUCGUAGACUACAUCGGCAGGAGAGCCAUGCUACCGUCCUCCGCCCCCGCGGUAAUGACCUGCACGGCGUGCACCUUCGCUGUGACAAAUUACGUGCGCUACGCUGUGGUGCGCUUCCUUACCGGGGCCGGUGUCGCAGUAAACACGAUUUUUACCUGCCUCAUCCCGUUCGAGGUGAUGACGCACGCGCACAGGCCGCAGCAAGUGCUCUUCCUGGCGGUUCUGGGCCUCACGUUAUGUGAGGUCUGGAGUGUCAUCGUCAAACCCGUAGUCAUCGACUGGCAUCUGAAGCAGGUCAUCUUCCUAGGCCUUACGGCUCUUCUGCUCCCGGCUUUGUCUCCCGCACGGGAAUCAUCGCCGUCGCUAGUCGAUAAUGGAAGGCUGGAUGUGACCAAAGCAGUCAUGAUGCAGGCGGCCGGGACCAACAAUUUCCCGCCUCCUGUCACGGUCUGUCUUGUGGAGAAGCUGAAGGAGCAGAUCAAGAGCCACGGGGCUCGCGAGGGUGCCGACAUGGAAGACUUGGCGGCGCUGCGGAAAAAUUAA